AGAGAAGAGCCGGAAGCGCACCACGGAGGGCGGCGCUGCAGGGCUUUUGGCCACCGUAGCCAUGGAUCGCGAAGGGGAGCUGCUGUCCGCGAGGCCCGCCCUGGAGACCGAGGGACUGCGCUUCUUGCACGUUACCGUGGGCUCGCUGCUGGCCGCCUAUGGCUGGUACAUCCUCUUCAGCUGCGUCCUUCUCUAUGUGCUCUUUCAGAAGCUUUAUGCCCGGCUGAGGGCCGUGAGACAGAGGCACCUGGACCGAGCUGAGGCUGCUGCUGUAGAACCUGAUGAUGUUGUUAAACGACAAGAGGCCUUAGCAGCUGCUCGUUUAAAAAUGCAAGAAGAACUAAAUGCACAAAUUGAAAAACAUAAAGAAAAGCUAAGACAGCUUGAAGAGGAGAAAAGAAGACAGAAGAUUGAGAUGUGGGACAGCAUGCAGGAGGGCAAAAGUUACAAGAGAAAUGCAAGGAGGCCUCAGGAGGAGGACAGUCCGGGGCCUUCCACCUCAGCCGCCGUCCCGAAGCGGAAACCUGACAAGAAGCCUUUGCGGGGAAACGGUUAUAACCCUCUGACCGGUGAAGGAGGCGGAGCCUGCUCCUGGAGACCAGGCCGCAGAGGCCCAUCAGCGUCGGGCGGAUGAAGUUAAGGAUCUGCCUGCCUGCGUCGCUUGCCACGCUGGCAGGGUGGACCUGAACCUCAACUCAAUUGCCUUACGCAAGCUUUUCACAGUUACUAGCGAGGGGAGGCGGCUUCUUUUCCUAGCUGUACUUGUGUUUGUAUGGCCCGGUGAGCAUGGGACUUAAACAUUGCCAUUUGUAACAGUGCACAAGAGCUAGUGCGCACAGUCCUUGGUCUCAUGGUGAGUUUCUAGUUGGUAGGAGGCCUCUCUCACUUUAGAAUUCCUUGCCAAAGGACAGUCUGUGACAAGUUGUGUUGAAUGAUGUCUUCCUUAUAAAUGGUGAGCCCACCAGUGAGGAUUACUGAUGCAGACAGUUGAUGGGGUUUGUUUCUGUAUAUUUUUAUGUACAGAACUUUGUAAAAUGAAAUUGUAAAUAUUAAAAAAAGUGAAAAACA